AAGAAAAGAUCUUGUUGUGGGUUGCUCGAGCUUUUCUCUUCUGCUGCGGCAAUGGCGGCCGAAAAAGGCGUAAGCAGAAGCGCCAUACUUUCGAAGGUCUCCAAUGGAGACGACGAGUCUCCUAGUUUAUUCCGAUCCCCAGCUUCGGCGGCCUCUCAGGUAAACAAAUCAAAUAAAAAGUAGGCAGCCUUUGUUGUUUCGAUUUGGGACAACACUUUGAUGAUCGAGCGCGUUUCUGACGUCGAUCAAGACAGGGUUUUUUCAGUUUCCUUUAGUUUGCUUAGUUAGAUGCUUUUAAUUCCCUUUCUGGGCACUGUUUUGAUUAUCCAAAAAAUGUCGUGAAAUUGGGUGUUUUGAAUCGUCCCUUACGUUUCUCCUCUUACAAUUCCGGAUUACUCAGAAGUCUAUCAUGGCCAUCUUCUUCUUCUUCUUCAUUUCACCUUUAAUUCAACGCUGAUGUUUUCUUCUUCAAAAGCAUUGAAGGUAACACCCAUGGAGAUGGUAAAAGGGAUCCAAAGAUCAUGGGAUAUUAUGAUGAACUUAUUGUCCUAAUAAUAGAGAACACAAGAAUGAACUUACAGAUUCUCUUGCUCAUGCUUAUAGAAGCCUGUCCAGAAACAACGGCUGUACUGGUAUGGAAAUCAUGGAAUAUACAUUUGGGGCGAUUCUUGGAUCAUUGCUAAGACAAGGGCUGAAUGUUAUCAUUAUCUUUUCGAUGCCCCCAUCAAGCUUCAUCAACUGGGUCUUGAUUAUUCCACGGCCCGAACAUGGGCACAUAUGGAGAAAUGGGUUCGAGGGCGUUGAACUGAAAGAUGGCAUUCUUCAGGAAUCAAGGUUCUCUUCGGGAACACAAACUAUGGAGAUCUGCGGAAGUAUCUAUCUGGUUUUUUCGACACUACAGCCCGGAACAAGAAAGAAAAUCGUCGGAGUUAGAAAGAAAUCGCUGGAUCACUUGGAGUAAACAAACACUUCAUUUCACCAAAAAAAAAAACCCAAUGAAUCUUCACAAAAUCCAAAUCUUUGUACUUCACAACCCCUGCAUGAUUGUAUAACCAACCGACCAGCCUCAUGAACAAAACUGAUGAAAGUUUCAAACUUGAUAACUCUUUGAGCUGAAAGAUAAGAACUUUAAUUCACCCAUUACACAUUUUGGCAAAUUUAUAUUGAAACAGUUUCUUCG